AUGUUGUCGAGUCUCGGAAACCCGCGCCAGCUGGCGUCGCAGCUGCUCAACUUCGCGCUGAUCCUCUCCACUGCUUUCAUGAUGUGGAAAGGCCUCUCCGUCAUUAGCGAUUCGCCCUCGCCUAUCGUCGUCGUUCUUUCCGGAUCAAUGGAACCCGCCUUCCAACGAGGAGACUUGCUGUUCCUUUGGAACCGCAACCUCCUGCAGGAUACAGAUAUUGGCGAGAUCGUGGUGUACGAAGUGAAGGGAAAGAACAUUCCGGCAAGUGAUCCCCUCAUGGUCGAAUACUUGGUCGUGCUAAUCCUCCUUCAGAUCGUCCACAGAGUCAUCCAGAAGUUCGGCGCUGGGCCGGAAGCAAAGCUCCUCACGAAAGGCGACAACAACGCCGGAGCCGACCAAGAGUUGUACGCCAAGGGCCAGGACUUCCUUGUGCGUUCAGACAUCAUCGGCAGCGUUUGCGCUUAUAUACCCUUUGUCGGAUACGUUACGAUCCUUCUCUCCGAACACCCGUGGUUGAAGACGGUGAUGCUGGGCAUCAUGGGACUGGUUGUGGUGCUGCAGAGAGAGUAG